AUGAAACAACACACCCUCAUUGACCAAAGAAAUGUUGUCAUUAUCGGAAACCCAUUAAGCAAGAAAAAAUCGUUAGUCACGUGGUUUAUAAAAGAAGUGCUCGUAAAUGAAGAAAACCCCAAUGAACGCACCGAACUUUAUGUCAAGACAAUCAAAAACGAAAAAAACGAUUUUAAUAUGUUUGUGUGGGAUGUUGAAAGUAGACAAACUGUUCAAAGCAUGUACGUCAAAACUGCGAAUGUUGUUGUGGUUGUUUAUAAUACAUGUGAUAACAAUUGUUUAAAAAGCAUUAAAGAGAACAUAAAAAUGAUCAACGAGUGUGCCAAUGACAAACAACCAUUUUAUUUGUAUUUUGUCGAUAACAACAUCGAAGAAUCAGAAAACGAGAAAAACAGGAAUGACAUCGACCAUUUCUUGUCGAAUCUUGUUUUACACCCAUUUGUUAUCAAUCGUGGUAUUUUCCAAUGUGAUACAAGUGAUGGGAGUGGUAUUCCCGAUUUGUUUUCUGAUAUUAUUAGUAAAUCGUAUGAUGAUUUGGACCUUUACUACAACGACAUUAACCGGACCGCAAGUCUCCUUCAGAAAUUAUUAUACGAGACAUCUAAUUAUGAUAAAUCCGUUUCACAACACGUUUCACUGCGAUUGAAGUCCAAAGAAAGUUCGAAAAAACAAAAGAAACGACUUGAAUGUGAAUUGGACCAACUUGAAGAAUGUUGUGUAUUCCGUUCAAACGUAAUUAUGGAGAUGUGCGAACAAACAAUCAACGCUCUUUCAACAACAAUAAACGCAGUCAAUGGGAUCCGCGCAGAGUUUUCAAGAAGAGUUGUUGAGUCGUCGAAGACUUAUAAUAAAAUCAUAGACAAUAUCACAGCUGUUGAUUCGCUCGUCACAUCUAUCAACAUCGACAAAGGUAUCGACCUGAACUCUGAAAAUGAAAGAUUUAAAGUGAAAAAGAGUCUCAAUGAGAAAAUGAAGAUCAACACAGACAUCAUUGACAAAUAUCAAGUAGUCAAAGAACACAACAUUUCUGAUGUACUUAGCCCACUUUAUGUGGAGCGCCUUAACUUGUUGUGCAACACUUCUAUAAAAAGUGUUUUGUUUGACUCAAAAAUUGAAACGUUUUUAGACAACUAUCAAUUUAUGGAGGUUGUUAAAAAAAACGAUAAAGUUUGUGUUCUUCUUAAAGAUGAGUCAGGUAAUGUCAAUGGGGUUUUCUUCCAAAAUAAGACAAAAAAGGAUAACGAAUUGUUCUUCAACAACACCACUCUCUUUUCCUUGAGCGAUUUUGUGAAGUACAACAACACGGCCUGUGAUUUCAAUUUUAAUGGAAUCAAAAUUGAUCCAAAGAAGAGAAUUUUUCAUUUUUCGACUAAUUACACCACUUGUGUUGAGUUGACAGGCGACCAUUUUUAUUGUUACAAUCCCUUUAACAUAUCACAGAAAAUAAUACCUUUUCUACAAACUGGGAAAAUGCAACGGGUAAUCAUUCUAUUGAUGUAUUAA